AUGUCCAAAAAAUCGUUCGACGACACCAUUGAUGCUCUCCGCCGACUUUCUCAGCCACGCCCACGUGAACAAGUGGAACGUCUGAAGGAAAUUCAGAUGCAGACGAGAAUGAUUGGAGAGAUUUAUGGGAUUUAUGGAGGUGGUGGUGGUGGGCAACCGCUGAAAUUGACCCCAAAACAGGCUCCACAAGAACUAACAUUCGAGGAGAAGCGUCGACUCCUUCAAGCCGAGUAUCCGAACAAGGUCUCGAUGGAGAGACGCAGAAAAUCGAGAGAAGCGCUCAAUCAAAUGGCUAAGAAUCGCUACUUGUUCACCGUCGAAUCGUCGUCUAACAGUGAGGAGGAGGAGUCGGAAAAGCCGAAAACUGGGUCCAACUUUUCGAAAAUGUCCUAUGACGCCGCGUACUCGUCGAAAACUCAAUCUCCAUCGGAUUCUGAUGGCACUGUGUACAACGAACCGUCCACACCAGUCUACCAUAACGAAGAGGACGAUUCGGAUGUGAAGACACCGGUUUAUGGCGAUUGA